GUCUCAUUUUUCCACACUACUCGAUCGUUAAACUUUUUCAAGAAGAAUAAAGGCAUCAAAAACUGAAAAUCGCGGAAAAGAAUUGAAGAAUGAGAAACAAAGGAGGGCAGAACAAGUUGGUGAGGAUCAUAACCACACCUAUAAGAGUUCUUGGAAAGGCGAAGGACAUGUACGUUCGAAGCAUAACACAGUGCGGUUACAGCGUCAGCUACGGCAACACCGGAGACGCGGCGGGGAGAUUCCAGGCGGGGCUGCCGCGAAGCUACAGCGCCGCCACGUCGACGUCCGGUGCAGGUUCGGAGGAUUACGCGGAGCUUGUCAGGGCAGCGUCGGCGAGGACCAUGGGGAACCGAAUCGACGUGGAUUUGGUCCUGAAACUGCAACAAGAAGCUCGAGGUCGAGGUCAAAGUCAAAGUCAAAGUCAACCAGUGGGGUUGCCAAAGUCGGUGAGUGUUGGUAUGGGUCGAAUUGAUGAGGAUAAGCCUUUUGAUUUGAAUGAAGGGUGUGAAGCUGUUGUGCCUAAUUCUUACCCUAGAAGUAGAAGCUAUGCUGUUGGAAUUAGAAAACCCACCCUUGUUCUCUAAGGAAUAAUAAUGGCUAAUUAGUAGUUUAGGGUUACGUAAUGCUACAUGUUUAUUUGUAAUUACUUGCAAGAGAAAGUGUUCUUUGCAGGUAUUAUAUAUUCUUAAUUAUUAUUGUUCUUCAUGAAAAUUAUCCUGCCUCUUCAUCUUGUAUAAAUUUUGAUAAUUAUUUCUUGAAUUUUUUAAUGAAAAUUUGUGUGUUGCCACUUGAAAUUA